AUGGAUGCCGAUCUUGAAGAACACUACCGAGAGCUUCUGAGAGAGUGGUUGAAAGGUAAUGACUGCAUCACAGAAAAAUUGCAUGAAGACAAAAUUGUGAUAAAUGCCAGGGAGGGAGGGAACAUGGAGGAUUCAUUUGACAUUUCUGAACAAAAUUCAUGUGUGAGAGGUGUGUGUAAUGUUUUGUUAAACCUGAGUUUUUAAUAAAAAAAAAAAACUUUGUAGAGUCAAUAAUGUAAGUUGAUCAUACUAGAUCAUUAGAUGAUAUGAAUUUCCUGCAGAUUUAUUUUAAAAGUCACAAUUAUGCUUAAUUGAAGUUGUGAAUCUUUAUUCUCCUGACAUGUUAAAUGUAACCAUAAUUUGCUUUUUUUUCAUCUUUCUUAUCCGAAAAAAAACUACAACCUUCUUCCUCAGGGACAGCAAUAAUGCUAGGGGAAAAUACAUCAGCACAGACUGGCAAUAGCAGCCCACCAGAGCUCAGUGUGAAACUCCCAGAGUUGAGUGAUCUUCGCACGAUCUUUAAUCCUUGGAAAACUGUUGAACUUCCUGUUGAUGUUCUUUUAUUAACUGUGGAGAACUGUGAGUUCUUAAGCUGCUUUGCCUACCUGAAGGAACCCUUUAAUAGUUACCACAUCAGUACUGGCCCUGUGUACUUUGGGUGCAUGGGUGAUGAUCAAGGAAAGAAGAUGAAAAUUGCAUUGAUGAGGUGCUCCAAAGGUCCUGAUGUUCCUGGGGGUUCCUUGUCUGUUUCAAAAGAUGCCAUCUUGCUACUGAGACCUAAGGCUAUAUUUUCUGUUGGUGCCUGCAGUGGUUUGAACAGCAAAAAGGUCAAGUUAGGAGAUGUAGUUGUUUCAGCAAAGCUGAUAACAGCCACACACAAAACUCCCCCCAGCAGAGAUAUUGGAAACCUGAUCAAACAUGUGGCUGAUGGGUGGAAGGCACCUUUACAAAAUGCAGAUGAAUAUAAUGCCAAAGUGCAUGGUGAUGGAGUGGUUCUGAGUAUCUCAGAGGCCAACAGAGAUAAAAUUUGCCAAUUUCCUGAAGCAAUUGCAGUUGAAAUGGAAGGUGGAGGUAAGAAUUGUAAUAAUUCAAAUAAUUGAUGAGCCAAGAAUGUUUUCACUCAAAGGAAGUGUUUUGAAAAACACUGCUCUGGUAUUAUCCCUGCUGGUCCAAGAAAUAGCAUAUAUACUAUAUAGCAUGCCAAAUUUGCAGGAAUUAUAUAGUGUGUAUUUAAAGUGGUUUUAUGUUUGGCUGGGGUAGGAAGAUUUUUGCAUGUGAAGGUGACUGAGAUGUACUGUGGAUAACUACAAUGAAUGUGCUCCAUCAGGAUGUCAUGAAUUGUAUUAAAUUUGUCAUCUGAAAAAUGUAGAAAGUAUCUUGUUAAAUAGUUUGAGAGUUGAGGAAUAGUAUCACAGUCCCUGACUUAACCCUGAAACUUCCAUGAGUGACCAAGACAGAGUUUCUCAUCACAGUAUUAAUAUGAUAACAAGCAGACAAUUAAAGGGAAAAGAAAAAGAAAAUGUCAAUUAGGGGAUUAUUGGUUGAUCCAAAACCAAAUUCUCCUAACUAACAUCAUAGGAAUUGUAUGACAGAUAUUAAAGAGAAUUACUGAAGAGAUCUUAGGUGUGUAAGGGUUAACUCUAUCUGAAAGAAGUUUGUCUUUUGAGAAAUGUUGAAAGUUACUUAUGAAACAAUCGAAGCCUGAGGAAUAAUUUUUACAGUCUCAGUGUACAAUUUUUUUUAAAUUACUAGUUGAAAAAGAUUAGAUUUCAGUACUAACUAACGUCUUUGUGGAAUGUGCAUGUUUACAAACAGGUAGAGUGUGAAUCUUUGCGAGAUUCGAUUGAACAAUUAUUUUAAGGAUGCUAAGAAAAUAAGCUUAAUACAUAGCUAACAGACAUGAGUAUUUUUUUUUUCCAGGAGUGUAUGCGGCAGCCCAUGAUUUUAAGACAGAAUGGGUGGUAGUCAAGGGCAUCAAAGACUUUGCAGAUGAAACGCAGUCUUCAAGUAAGAAAUGGAAACAAAUUGCCUGUGUGAUGGCAGCAUCUGUUGUGGCACACAUUUUAAACAAUCCAGUCAUAUUCCAAGAUUGGCCUCACUUUAAUGCAGGUAUUGCUUCCUGUCUCAAUGUUCUCUUUUUACAAGGAUAG